CGUGGUCUCCAACAGUUUGUCACUGACGGACCCAGUGAAGCUAGUUCUGAGGAAAGCUCUAGAAACUUGUGUUGCUUAGGUAUUUUAUCUCAUAUAAUGCCAGUCAGACAUUCAUAAGACUCUUAGGGGUCACUGUACGUCCAUGUGUCCAUGUGUCUUGUCCAAUUCAGCAAGUAGAUGGCGUCUUCCCAUAACACAGGCGCCUCAUCCCUCCUGAAGAUAGCUGAGUCACAUCUCCACGCUCGCUCACUGAGGACACUUGCGAGGCUGUAUUUCGCGCUCAAACACAAUGCUGACGAUCACUCUGAAGACCCUCCAGCAGCAGACGUUCAAAGUGCAGAUAGACGAGGAGCUGACGGUAAAGGCUCUUAAAGAGAAGAUAGAGGAAGAAAAGGGGCAAGAUGCUUUUCCAGCUGUCGGUCAAAAACUAAUCUAUUCAGGCAAAAUUUUGAAUGACGAUAUACCUCUAAAAGAAUACAAGAUAGAUGAGAAGAACUUUGUCGUGGUGAUGGUUACAAAGCCCAAAUCUGCAGCACCGCCACAAGCUCCUGCUCCCGCACCGGCAGCCGCCGCUACGGUUAGCACAACUGUCGCCGAAACCCCUGCACAUCCACCCUCACCUCCUGCUGCACCUCCUGCUGCCUCCACAGUGCCAGUACCGACCCCUCCUCCCGCUCCCGUAGAAUCAGCAGCGGCAGCGGAGCUGUCCGUGACGCCCGUCACAGCGCCCCCUGCUGCCUCGGAGACUGCUGCAGAAAAGCCUGAGCCUGUUAACGCCACUCCCACUCUGAUUUCAGAAGAGGAGAACCAGGCAGCCCAAGAGGAGCAGGCCGUCGCCCAAUCAGAGGCCAGCAUUACAGAUGAAUUGGGUCUUUUAGAAGCAGCUGCGUCCAUACUAGUCACAGGUCAAGCGUAUGAGAAUUUGGUGACGGAAAUCAUGUCAAUGGGUUAUGAGAGAGAGCAGGUGAUCUCUGCCUUACGAGCAAGCUUCAACAAUCCGGACAGAGCCGUGGAGUACCUGCUUAUGGGUAUUCCCACAGAAUCCGAGCAGCCGCCACAGGAAGUAGUGCGGCCCGCACCAGUGUCGAACCCCACGCCUCCAGCACCACAGCGACCUCAGCCGCCGCCAGACACCACCGGUGAGUGACCUUUUGUUCACGACGUGUGGAAAUAGACGCCCAUUUGCCCUGCAGCUGCCAGCUUCUUGCUAAUUCGCUGAAACGUUA